AGACCUCAAAGCCGCCCUGGCCGAAAUGCUUCACACGUGGCCCAAGCGCGGCAAUGAGUUCGAAUACAACACGUGGCAAUACAAAGACUAUAUCUCUGCGCUCCAUCAGAUGGUGCAUGUGGUGUGCACAACCGGGUCAGCCUUACUGUUGCAGUGUGUGGCACAAGUCGUGUGUUUGGACGAGACCCAUCCGUAUGAUG